GCGGCGGCCGCAGCGUGGAGCCGGGCGAUUGUGACUGCCGGGGGAGCAGGGGGCCGGCCGCGGCUCCCACUCUCCGUGUGGCCCCCUGAGCGCCCCCCCUCCCCUGCCCGGGAGGGAGGCGGGGGGCACCCGGGGCCCGCCAUGAACCCCGGCUUUGAUCUGUCCCGCCGGAACCCGCAGGAGGACUUCGAGCUGAUUCAGCGCAUCGGCAGCGGCACCUACGGCGACGUCUACAAGGCACGGAAUGUUAACACUGGUGAAUUGGCAGCAAUUAAAGUAAUAAAAUUGGAACCAGGAGAAGACUUUGCAGUUGUGCAGCAAGAAAUUAUUAUGAUGAAAGACUGUAAACACCCAAAUAUUGUUGCUUAUUUUGGAAGCUAUCUCAGGCGAGAUAAACUUUGGAUUUGCAUGGAGUUUUGUGGAGGUGGUUCUUUACAGGAUAUUUAUCAUGUAACGGGACCUCUAUCAGAAUUGCAAAUUGCAUAUGUUAGCAGAGAAACAUUACAGGGAUUAUACUAUCUUCACAGUAAAGGAAAAAUGCACAGAGAUAUAAAGGGAGCUAACAUUCUAUUAACGGAUAAUGGUCAUGUGAAAUUGGCUGAUUUUGGAGUAUCUGCACAGAUAACAGCUACAAUUGCCAAACGGAAGUCUUUCAUUGGUACACCAUAUUGGAUGGCUCCAGAAGUCGCAGCCGUUGAGAGGAAAGGGGGGUACAAUCAGCUCUGUGAUCUCUGGGCAGUGGGAAUCACUGCCAUAGAACUUGCUGAGCUUCAGCCUCCCAUGUUUGACUUACACCCAAUGAGAGCAUUAUUUCUAAUGACAAAGAGCAAUUUUCAGCCUCCUAAACUAAAGGAUAAAAUGAAAUGGUCAAAUAGUUUUCAUCAUUUUGUGAAAAUGGCACUUACUAAAAAUCCAAAAAAAAGACCUACUGCUGAAAAGUUACUGCAGCACCCAUUUGUCACACAGCCUUUGACACGGUCUUUGGCAAUCGAACUGUUGGAUAAAGUGAAUAAUCCAGAUCAUUCCACUUACCAUGAUUUUGAUGAUGAUGAUCCUGAGCCUCUUGUUGCCGUACCACAUAGAAUUCACUCAACAAGUAGAAAUGUGAGAGAAGAAAAAACACGCUCAGAAAUAAACUUUGGCCAAAUAAAAUUUGAUCCACCCUUAAGGAAGGAGACAGAACCACACCAUGAACUUCCCGACAGUGAUGGUUUUUUGGACAGUUCAGAAGAAAUAUACUACACUGCAAGAUCUAAUCUGGAUCUACAACUAGAAUAUGGACAAGGACACCAAGGUAGUUACUUUUUAGGUGCAAACAAGAGUCUUCUGAAGUCUGUAGAAGAAGAAUUACAUCAGCGAGGGCAUGUGGCACAUUUAGAAGAUGAUGAAGGGGAAGAUGAUGAAUCAAAACAUUCAACCAUGAAAGCAAAAGUUCCACCUCCUUUGCCGCCAAAGCCUAAGUCCAUAUUCAUACCACAGGAAACUCAUUCUACUGAGGAUGAUAAUCAAGGAACAAUCAAGAGAUGUCCCAUGUCGGAGAGCCCAGCAAAACCAUCCCAAGUUCCACCUAGGCCACCACCUCCCAGAUUACCUCCACAGAAGCCUAUUGCUUUAGGAAAUGGAGUGAGCUCCUUUCAGUUAAAUGGUGAACGAGAUGGUUCGUUGUAUCAACAACAGAAUGAACCGAGAGGCACAAACCUUUCAAGGAAAGAAAAGAAAGAUGUACCAAAGCCUAUUAGUAAUGGUCUACCCCCAACACCUAAAGUGCAUAUGGGUGCAUGUUUUUCAAAGGUCUUUAAUGGAUGUCCCUUGAAAAUUCACUGUGCAACAUCAUGGAUAAACCCAGAUACGAGAGAUCAAUACUUGAUAUUUGGUGCUGAAGAAGGGAUUUAUACCUUGAAUCUUAAUGAACUUCAUGAAACAUCAAUGGAACAGCUAUUCCCCCGAAGGUGUACGUGGUUAUAUGUAAUGAAUAAUUGCUUACUAUCAAUAUCUGGUAAAGCUUCUCAGCUUUAUUCCCAUAAUUUACCAGGGCUUUUUGAUUAUGCAAGACAAAUGCAGAAGUUACCUGUUGCUAUUCCAGCACACAAACUCCCUGACAGAAUACUGCCAAGGAAAUUUGCUGUAUCAGCAAAAAUCCCUGAAACCAAGUGGUGUCAGAAGUGUUGUGUUGUGAGAAAUCCUUACACAGGCCAUAAAUACCUUUGUGGGGCACUUCAGACUAGCAUUGUUCUAUUAGAAUGGGUUGAACAAAUGCAGAAAUUUAUGUUAAUUAAGCCAUUCUGGUGGAUAUGUACAGUCUCAUGGUUUUAUUCCCUGAUUACUAAUGAACACAUAGAUUUUCCUAUACCGUGUCCACUUAGAAUGUUUGAAAUGCUGGUUGUUCCUGAACAGGAGUACCCUUUAGUUUGUGUUGGUGUCAGUAGAGGGAGAGACUUCAACCAGGUGGUUCGAUUUGAAACAGUCAAUCCAAAUUCUACCUCUUCGUGGUUUACAGAAUCAGAUACCCCACAGACAAGUGUUACUCAUGUAACUCAACUGGAGAGAGAUACCAUUCUUGUAUGCUUGGACUGUUGUAUAAAAAUAGUAAAUCUCCAAGGAAGAUUAAAAUCGAGCAGAAAAUUGUCAUCAGAGCUCACCUUUGAUUUCCAAAUUGAAUCAAUAGUUUGCCUACAAGACAGUGUGCUAGCUUUUUGGAAACAUGGAAUGCAAGGUAGAAGUUUUAGAUCUAAUGAGGUAACACAAGAAAUUUCAGAUAGCACAAGAAUUUUCAGACUGCUUGGAUCUGACAGGGUCGUGGUUUUGGAAAGUAGGCCAACUGAUAACCCCACAGCAAAUAGCAAUUUAUACAUCCUGGCGGGUCAUGAAAACAGUUACUGAGAAAUGUUAUGCUUUGACAGUCAACUAUAGAAAGAAAGAACACUACUGCUGCAACAUGGAUGGAUGCUUGAAGCUGUACAAAAGCUGCAGUGACCUGGCUGCAGUUACUUGUAAUUUAUUGUGGCAUGAGACAAUAUGGGGAAAAUUUUUGUUUUAAGUGGUAUGGAUAUAUUUAGCAUAUUGAACCACACAAGUGCUUAAUUCAUUGUUAUGUAAUCUUUGUACAUAUAGGCAGUAUUUUUCUGUGAAACUUCUAUUGCUGAAGACAUACACUAAGAAUUUAUGUAGAUAAUGUACUUUUAUGAGAUGUACAAGUAAGUGUCUUAUCUGUACAGAUGUAAAUGUUGAUGAAAAAUGCAAUUGGGGUUAAUAUUUUAAGAAUUCUUUAGUAUAUCCUUGGGUGUGGCUAUAUCACGAAAUGGGAUACUGGCAAUGAGACAGUACAUUUAACACUAUUGUAUUUUUAUUAUGUAAUUUAGUAAUAUGAAUAUAAAUCUUGUAACUUUUAAAAUUGUAAUGGAGGCUGUAAUCAUUUUAUAAUCUUGUUUUUAAUUUUAAUGCAAGUACACUGGUGUUUAUAUUUGCACAAAGUGUUGAUAUGUGAUGUAUUAAGUCACAGAAGUAAGCUGUGACAUUGUCAAUAUGCAUUUGGCUCCACACCAUCUUUUUUAAAUGUAUUUGGAUUGUUUUCUAUGUGAACCAAUUAACCACCUGUUGUAGUAACUGGUCUUUUUAUAUUUAAGCAGAAUCCUGUAAGAUUGCUUGUUCGUGCUUAAAAACAAUACCUUUAAAAAAAUUCUGAAUCACAGAAUAGCGGUACCGUGAUGUAACACUGCAGUGGUUGUCUGAAUUACAGUAUGCACAAAGAAUAAAAUAGCAUUAUUAAAGAGUCCACACUAAACAUUUCAUAUAAUCACAUUGAAGAACCAAAACAUUCCAUAGAGUGAAGUGAUUCAAAUUUCUAGUGGAAUUUUUACUUUCGUUGGCCUUACUUUAUGAUCAUUUUCAUAUUUCUUUUGAUUUAGAGUAUUAACACAUGGCCAAAAUAAUUUAGUUACUACCUCAUAUAAACAAUAUAAUGGUUACUACACAUCACAGGAACUUAGUUUUGGUUAAAAUCAUUUUUGAUUGCUUUUUUCCAAUGGAAUAUGUAUAUACCAAGUUUUAGCAAAAUGCACACUUUGGGCUCUUUUUUGGUAUAUGUUCUUUAUAUUUUAAUGUGAGUAUAUACACUAAGAACAAACUAAAUUGUGAUUUAUGGUCUUCAUUUAUUUUAAUUGAAAAUGCUUUUAAAUAUGUUCCUGAUUGUACAUAGUGUAAAAUAAACAUGUUUUUUAACA